AGCCACAGGAAAUUCCAUUUAAAGCUGCUACUGCCACAAUUUGAGCUCGGCCCUGAGCCUUACUGCGCACUUUCUCCAAGCGCACUUAGCUGAAUACCGCAAUGCGAGUAUUGGGAUCGGACCACUGGCCAGACUCUUCUGACACUUUCAUGUCAAAAGCUGUACUUUUCGACAGCCCAUGAACGCAGCGCUCCACUCCUCCAUUUUGAACAGGUCGUCUCGUUUCCUGGUUGCUGAGAAGGAACUGUUGGAGCCAGCGGGCAAAGCAGUUGUGUUUUUAGACCAGGAGAAAUGGAAAAGUUUAGUGUAGCUGCCUAAGUUAGCCAACAACUGUCACGUUAACGUGUUUAGAUGUGUGUCUGAUGCUCCGCGCGUUAGCACACACUUUUCUCAUGGGACCCCGUUUGUUUUGACUCUUGACAGCUGGAGACUUAACAUCUCAGUGCUAAGCAGCUAGCCGCGGCUAACAACAUUUACAUUUAGGUAAACUACGUUGUCGAAGGAUUGCCACGCCAGCCCAUUUCCCUUCAUGUGUGAGAAGAGUGGACAACUGAAGCUCCAGUUAGAGCCACGGAGUCAGUGUGUGUCACCCCAGUGGAGACAGUGAAGAUACUGGCCUUUACCUCACAGAACAGUGCCAACACAGGAACAGGAUGCCUAUUCCUCCUCCUCCUCCUCCUCCUCCUCCCCCGGGACCCCCUCCUCCCCCUACCUUCAGUCAGGCAAACACAACUCCUCCGAAACUGAGCUCUUCUGAGGCAAAAGGCAGAGGAGCACUUCUGUCAGACAUCUGCAAAGGAGCCAGACUGAAGAAGGUCAAUGAUGUCAAUGAUCGGAGUGCUCCAGUCCUAGAGAAAUCAGCUGUAGGAGGUGUAGGCGGUGGCGGUGGUGGAGGAGGUUUCGGAAGUGGAGGACCAGUGUCAAUGGGGGGGCUUUUCCAAGGAGGUGUGCCUAAAUUACGUCCAGUUGGAG